AUGUAGCUGCCAGCCCAAGUAAAAAAGCGCGGCUCGUAUUUUAAACAAUUUUCCGAAUUUUAUUAGGAAAAAGACGUUAAAAGCAAAGGAAAAACUAGACCUCGCAAUGGCGGGACACGGUUCCUUAAGUCCCGAGAAGCUAGUGGGGCGCAUACAGUCGGUUUACUGCAAAGAUUUCGUCUCUUACAGCGAGAUCACCUUCCACCCAAAGCAUUACCUCAACGUGCUGACUGGACCCAAUGGCAGUGGGAAGUCGACGAUCGUCUCCGCUAUUAUUUUGGGCCUGGGCGGAGAACCGCACCUUCUGGAUCGCUCAUCCAGCGUUUCCGACUACAUUCAAAGCAACAAGACCUCUGCCAAAAUAAUCAUCCGGAUAUACGGACGGGUAGUCAAUUCCACGGAGACUUUCUGCCGCAUCAUAAACUCGAAUGGCUCUUCGAAUUUUUCCGUAAACAACAAGGACACCACUAAAAAGAAUUUUCUGUGUGCCGUAUCGGCCUAUAACAUACAAGUCAAUAACUUGUGUCAGUUCCUCCCACAGGACCGAGUUCAGGAUUUUUCCAAGAUGAAUCCGCAGGAACUACUCCUCAAUACAAUGUCGUCCGUGUGUGACAGCGAGCUCACCAACAACUUCAUUCUCCUAAAACAAAUGCGCACAAAGCAGACCAAUGUCCAUACUGAUCGAGAAAAGAUGAAAAACGAUCUUGCCAAAAAACAAAAACGUUUAGAACAGCUACAAGCUACGGUGGCCCAGUACAAGGAACGUGAGGAAGUUAAGCAAAACCUACAAGUAUUUACCGCCAAGAAAUUGUGGGUCGAAGUCCAGGCCGGAGAAGAAAAGGCCACGCAAAUCAAAUCAAAUGUUAAAAAGGCUAAAAUUCAUAGCGACAAAAUGAAAGAAAACCUCAACCUCAUGAUUCAGGCUCAAGCUAAAAUACAAAAGAAAAAGAUUGAGCUUAAAGAAGCUAACUUGGAAAAGACCCGUUCACUAGACAGAGCUGUGUCUGAGAAAAAUGGUAUUAUUAGCCAACUAGAUGCAUUAAAACAAAAAAUUCGCGAGAACCAUUGUCUUCUGGAGCAAAAUAUACAAAAGUCGUUGAGAAACGCCACAGAAGCAGAGAAAGUCCAACAGCUCGUGGACAAUAAAACUGAGGAAUUAGAAGAUUUCAAUAAAAAUAAAUCGCAUAUUGUGUCGGAGCUGGAAAAGACCAAGGCGUCGGUGGCCUCGGCACGUGCUAAAGCAAUGGAUGAGUACAAUAGGCGAAAACGGCUUGAACAACAACUAAACGAUGAAAAGAUUCCCGAAAUCACAGCCUAUAAGCAUAAAAUCGAUCGAUUAAAAAAUGUAAAAUUGCAAAAAAUUGAAGAGCUCCGAGUGAAGAAUCCAAAUUUGGUCAAAGCUAUGAGUUGGGUAUCUCAAAACAAAGAAAGAUAUAAACUACACGUUUAUGAUCCCAUGAUACUAGAGCUGACUAUGCAAAACAAUGAAGAUGCAAAAUACCUAGAAAAUGUUGUUAGACAGCGAGAUUUAUUCGCAUUUGCAUGUGAGGAUAAGGACGAUAUGUCUGAUUUGAUCAACGAACUGUGUGUCAAGCAGAAGUUGGGAGUAAAUAUUAUAUAUUGUGCGCCGGCCGAUAGGUGCUUGUUUACUCCAAGUAUUCCUAAAAGCGAGCUGCGAGCUAUGGGGUUCCAUGCAUAUCUCGUCGAUCUUGUUACCGGUCCGAUACCAUUAAUAAACAAGUUGUGCGCUUCGUAUUCUAUACAUAACAUUCCUAUUGGUACUGAUGCUGUUGGUAAUCACACCUCAUCUAUACCUAAAGUUAUUCGAGUCUAUUUUGGUGGGAACAAAAAGUUUGUGGUGACGGCAUCUCGGUAUCGCUCCGAAUCAAUACUAACGGAAAGCAUUAUCCAUGGAAAAAAUCAACUGAUCGCUGUUGAUUCGCAGCAAUUGGCACAGGUGCAGAAGCAGUAUACUGACGCUAUGCGAGAAAGUAAUAACAUUAGGAACGCCAUAAUAAGGACAGAUAACGAGUUUGCUCGUUUCCAAGCCACUGCAAAGGACGAACUGGAAAAAGAGAAAAAACUCAAGCAGAAAGUCUCUCAUUUUGAUAAUCUCAAAAGCGAAGUUGAACUACUGCGAAGAAGGCUGGCUAGUCUGCAAGAAGCUGAUGCUUUGGAUGCAAUAAAAAUAAAUUUUUUUAAUAGUUUGAAAAUUGAUAUGAACCAAAUAACAGAAUCCGAAAAAAAACUGAUCAAACGGGUAGAAGCAUUAAAGAUUUUAGACCUCGAAAAAAAACUUACCCAAACUAAGAUGUCCAUUUAUAAUGCGCAACAUGAAAGUGAAAGCGACGCCCUGAAGGAGCACGAGCUUCUGAGUAAUUCGGCAACAAAAGAGUUUGAGCAAUUGCUGCAAUCCUUGGAGGUCCAAAUGAACGAUAUCGGCAAACGUAAAAGUGAACUACAGCGGCUUUGCAACGGAGAGCUUCCUUCCAGUUCACAAUUCCCCUUUAAGAGGGAAUUUAAAAAUUUUGGUAGCAUGGAUAUACAACAAGUGCGUGAGGCUAUACACGAUUUUCAGGCCAGAUUGGAGUGCAUGAAAAACAUAAACUCAGAGACACUAGAUAAUUAUCAGGAACUGAAGAAUGAAGUUACAUUGAUGAAAGACAAUAUUCAAAGGUUCAUUGACGAGACGAAUACAAUUGAAUCGGAAAUGUCGCAGUUAUAUGACCAAUGGGAACCUAAAUUAACCAGUUUGGUGGAAACGAUAAGUACAAAGUUCAGCGAAUUCAUGCAAUCAAUCGAGUACGUCGGAGAAGUUAUCCUUUCUAAAUCCGAUAAAUAUGACUUUGAUUCAUACGGCAUCCAGAUAAUGGUCCAGUUUAGAAGAGGUGCUCAACUACAGCCAUUAGAUAAGUUUAUUCAAUCAGGCGGCGAACGCGCAGUAUCAAUUGCAAUUUACUCACUUUCAUUGCAGCAUGUCACUCAAGUGCCCUUCAGAUGCGUUGAUGAAAUAAACCAGGGCAUGGACGCUAAAAAUGAACGGCAUAUUUUCGAUUUGCUCCUGAAGGAAGCCACUAAACAUGGCUCGGCACAGUAUUUGUUUGUGACUCCGAAGCUGCUUCGGGACCUCAACUACAACGAGCAUUUGUGUGUUUCAAUUGUUCACAAUUCAAAAACAGUUUCUCUUGUCACAAAAUUCCCGAAGAUCUAAUCCUCUUUGCUUGGCAAUGUAAUAUUAUUUAAAUGUAAAGACCAUUAUGUAAUUGUUUUUUAUUAUUUUUCCUCUUACGACCACACAUGAUGGGGUUCCAAUGCGAA